AUGACGUUGAUUGUUGACCGUGCCAUUGCUGACCAUGACAUUGAUGGGCCGGCCGUGCCGCGGCUGACGGCGGCGCGGUGCCGGCAGGGCGUGCGGUACCUGCACCACCGCGACGUGGUGCACGGGCGGCUCAAGUCGCGGAACUGCGUGGUGGACGGGCGCUUCGUGCUCAAGGUCACCGACCACGGCUACAACCAACUGCUGGAGGCGCAGCGCGUGCCGGCCCCGCCCCCGCAGCCCCACGCGGGGCGUGGCCACCCCCUCAAGCACCCUCCUAUUGCAUCCUGGUGCCCCCCGAAAGUAAAACCCCAAAACCGACCUCGAAAAUUAGUUCCUCACCCCAAAAAACUCCCGAGUCCCCCCUACUGCAUGCUGGGGCUGCCCCCCGAGGAGAUCAUCGAGAAGGUGCAGCGGCCGCCGCCCCUGUGCCGCCCCGCGGUGUCGGCCGACCAGGCACCGCUGGAGUGCAUCCACCUGAUGAAGGAGUGCUGGAGCGAGCAGCCCGAGAAGAGACCCACCAUCGACCAGGUCUUCGACCAGUUCAAGGGCAUCAACAAGGGCCGCAAGACCAACAUCAUCGACUCGAUGCUGCGCAUGCUGGAGCAGUACAGCAGCAACCUGGAGGACCUGAUCCGCGAGCGCACCGAGGAGCUCGAGAUCGAGAAGCAGAAGACCGACAAGCUGCUGACCCAGAUGCUGCCGCCGUCGGUGGCCGAGGCGCUGAAGAUGGGGACGCCGGUGGAGCCUGAGUACUUCGAGGAGGUGACGCUGUACUUCAGCGACAUCGUGGGCUUCACCACCAUCUCGGCCAUGAGCGAGCCCAUCGAGGUGGUGGACCUGCUCAACGACCUCUACACGCUCUUCGACGCCAUCAUCGGCUCCCACGACGUCUACAAGGUGGAGACCAUCGGCGACGCCUACAUGGUGGCCUCGGGGCUGCCCAAGCGCAACGGCAACCGGCACGCCGGCGAGAUCGCCAACAUGUCGCUGGACAUCCUCAGCUCCGUGGGCACCUUCAAGAUGCGCCACAUGCCCGAGGUGCCCGUGCGCAUCCGCAUCGGGCUGCACUCGGCCUAUCGCAUCCACGUGAACCAGCGCACGGUGGCCAUCCUGCUCUCGCUGCAGGAGGGCUUCAAGGUCGACAUCCGCGGCAAGACCGAGCUCAAG